AUCAUAUGUGUGUUUAGGAAGCACUUGUUAAGCUUGCAAACCUAUAAGGCCUUUCCCUUCUCUUUUAUCACUUUAAUUCCUUUGUAGCUUUUGCCACUACAAACAUGGCUAUGGGUGGGAUUGCAAGAACAAAGAUGAUCAUUCUUAGUAGCCUUCCAGUUGCAGUACCACAGUAUGAUUAUGAUUAUGAUUGUAAGAAUCAUGAUCAUCAACUAGAAAAAUCAUCAAGAAAUUCGAUCAAAGAAGGAAAAAGGGACAGUGCACCGUACUGGAUACCGCACCCUCGCACCGGAAUAUAUGUUCCGAAAGGGCAAGAAUGGAUGAUGGAUGAUGUACCAGAAGGUGCAGCUUCUUUUAAUCAGACUUACUGGCUGAGGAAUGUUGAUGUUGUUGAUAGGCCAGACCCUGAUAUUUUUUCUAAUCAUUAAUUAAUUACUAAUUAAUCUGUAUUAAGUUAAUUAUGUUUUACUCAUAUAUAUUUAUAUGUAUGCAUUGUGAGAGACCGUAUACUUACAUAUCUAUAUGAAUAAAAAUUUAUGUGUAUAUCUAAAUAUUUGCUUAUUAUAAAAUUUGAAUGUGGCGUGCAUUUCAAGA